CAGCCAGCGUGUGCCUUAGGUGACAACCUUGAUUCUCACCACUGCAGAAACUCACAUAGAGGCGGUUUUGCUGGAAUCUCUCUGGACUGAAUGAACAGGCAAGGAGCAUGACCUGGUGGGACCCUGGGAGGGUCUCAUCCUGCAGAAGGAGCAGCCCACCUGUCUCACCUGCAAUGCUGGGAGCCAGGGACAUUUAACACCCCCUCAGAUGGCUGCCUGCAGCCUGCCUCUGGGACUGUGCCUUCUGCUGCUUCUCCAGGACGCCCAGACAACCCCACAGACAUCAUUAACUCCACCUCAUUCCUGUGGUGCACUAGAGAAUUGGUUCUAUGAUGAAACUUCACAAAACUGCUGUUACCGGUGUCCCUCAGGCUAUGUUGAAAAGAAAGCAUGUCCUCAGGAUCCAGCUGAAGACUGCAUGACAUGUGGACCUGAUCAAUAUCUGAGCAAUAGAUCCCAAAAGCCACAAUGUGAUGCCUGUGUGUCAUGCUCUGGAGAUCUGGACCUGGUGGAGACGCAGCCCUGCUCGCUGCUCUCCAGCCGCGUCUGUGAGUGCCGCCCGGGGCUCUUCUGCCAGCUCUCUGUCCAGCACACCUGCACGCGCUGCCAGCACCACUCUGCCUGCAGGCCUGGCUUUGGAGUCAAAACCAGGGGCACCUCAACAAGUGAUGUCACUUGUGAAGAGUGCCCUCCUGGGACCUUCUCUGAUCAAAACUCCAGCACAGACAUCUGCAAACCCCACACCAACUGUGCCAAGUUGAACAAAGUACUGCUAAGGAAAGGAAAUGCCACACACGAUGAAGUUUGCCUGGACCAGUUGCCCACUUACCUCACCCCAAGCACUUUGUCCAUGAGAUUCAGCAAUAAAACAAAUAAUGACCUGAGCAUGUCUAAGGAGAACCUGGUGACCUCUGCUAGUGGUGACCUUCCAAGUGUCACAACAACUGAAAAUCCCAGUUCAGCUUCUGAGGUGAAAGGUGUAGUGCUCUGGGCAGUGCUUCUCUCUGUGACAGUGCUUCUUGGGGGCACACUGGUAUUUUGGAAAUGGAAGGUUUGCAAGAAGCAGAUCCUCGUCCUCAGAAGAAAACCACAUCUGCAUUCGGUCAUCGCACACAAAUACGUGCUCAAAUCCCCAGGUUCAGAUCUCAUGAACAAAUGUGCAAAGAUCAUACUGACCACUGACACUGGGCUAGAAGAGGAGGAUUUAGUUGACAGAGCCCUUCCUUUGGAAACCAACAAUAACCUGGUGUCCAGCACAGAAAAAGCACAGAGUCCUCAUUGGAGUGUGACUGAUGUGGCACAAAGCAGUGGGAAUGCCCCAGAUUGCCCUGGGGAUCCUCGAGUCAGAGAUCACACAAAUAACAGAAUUGAAAACCUCUACAUCAUGAAGGCCGACACUGUUAUCGUGGGCUCUGUUUCAGAAGUGCCCAGUAGCAAGAACUGUGCUGCCAGGGGAUGUGAGAGUAACCUUGAUGCCCAGGAAUGCAUGGAAGAGGAGCUGGAAAUGCACUACCCAGAGCAGGAAACAGAGUCUUUUCCAGGGAAUGAUGUAAUGGUUCCUGUGGAAGAGGAGGGAAAGGAAUUUCACCAUCCUACCACUGCCACUGAGAAGUGACAACCCAGAGAUAAUAUGGGAAGAAUCAUCCAGUGUGACACUAAGGCUGAGUUCAUGACAAGAGAGGUAAACACACUGUGCCUUGGAUUAUUGGGGAACUUCUGGAAAACACUGAAACACAUUCAAUCAAGGAGAGCUAGAACCUAUUUCAUUUUCAUCUAACAAAUGAGAGGAUCAUCCAAAGUGUUGACCUUCACAGCUGACAUAAAAUAUUUCUAUUUCUCUGUCUCUUAGUAUCAUACCGAAAAUGAAUUUGAAUCAAAGCUGCAUAAUCUAGAGGACAUCUGGAUGUCAACUGAAGUUUCACAGCUUGUUUUCUCAGUGUGAAGUAAUGGAUUGAAACCUAUGUCUGAUUACUUCUAUUAGCUGUGAAAAUUCUGCCCAGGAUUCUUUGUCAAGCUUGAGACUCAGCCUGCUUCUUAUGUUGUUUCUAUUCCAAUACUUCCAGUUUUGUCAUAUAUUUUGCAACAUCU